CGUCCGCGACGCAGCAAUGCAGCAGCAGCAACAGCAACAGCUGAUGAACUCUACCAUCGCACGCAUCAACGGCAUUGAGGCCAAGGCCUCAGCAGCGCCAGGCUGCACAUCGGACGCGACGAAGCAAAUCAACGAACGCAUCGAUCACGUCGUCACCAUCAUCGGCAACAUAGGUGUUUUCAACGGACCGGACAUGAUCAGCAGCAUGGUGGCCGCCAUCAAGACGGACAUCACCAAGCUACAGACGAAACCGGACGCCGCUACAAAGACGUUCAAGAUGCCGCACUUCGACAUCUGCAAGUUCGACGACUACAACAAGUCGGACGCUUUGACAUGGUGGCAACGUUUCCUCACGGAAGCGUCAUGCCGCACUGUCCCGGCGAACGACAUGUUGAAGGCACUCUAUUUGCAACUGAUUGGAGAAGCGCAGGCAUGGAUGAACCACCUGGCGGCUACCCACAAGUGCACCAUCGCCGAACUCCACACGCACAUCACGUGGAAGGAGUUCGAGCAGCUAUGGUUCACCCGGUUCAUGGUCCGCAACGUCGUGAAGGCGGCCAUGAAUGAGGUGUACACAUGCUCUYAGGGGAACAUGCCAACUCGAGACUGGACAACGAAGUGGCAAAAGAUAGUGACCACACCAGGYUUCGACUURACGUUUCCMAAUCAACRAUCCGAGUUCUUCUCGCGAUCAUGCGCRGGAUURCGGUCGGCACUCGGUAAYGAGUACGACUAUACCACAUUCCAGGCCAUUCUGGAUCGAGCGAACUUGGUCAUCCAAACGGACGACAAGGCCGCUAACGAGAGACAAUCCCAGYCGCAUUAUGUGGCUAAGCAGGCUUAUCAACGUCCGACACAUCACAAUGCCGUGAUUUCUGAGGAAACCGACGACCAUCACGCUGCAGCAGCAUCCUCGGGUGAUGGAGGAAUUGUCGCAGCGCUCCCGCCGAAGCGUCCCAAGAGAGUUCGUAAGAACAAGGCGACACAAGAGACGGCAGCGACGGGAGCUGGGCAGCAGCCAUGGACGGCAUAUAAGAUMACCAAGGAGGUCUAUGACCUGCGUCAGAAGUACGGAUACUGCCUUUGGUGCAACGGAGUCACUCAUGUGACCGCACAAUGCCCCGAAAAGGGCAAGGCACGCUGUCACGAGGACGGUUGGCAUCCGGUUGAGUAUUUCUCCCAAAAGGUGCCUCUCGUCAACACUCUCGACGACACGAGGAAAAAAGAGCUACUCGCGUUCGUCACCGCUCUCAAACGGUGGCGCCACUUUCUUCUCGGCCGUCGGCGUUUCAAAUGGAAUACGGACAACAAUCCGUUCACCUUUUAUAAAACGCAAGACACGGUCACUAGCACGAUCGGUCGAUGGAUGUAUUACAUCGACCAGUUCGAUUUUGACCCGUGUGACAUUCCCGGUCCCGCCAAUCGAGCUGCGCACGCCCUCUCACGACGGCCCGACUUUUGUGCCAUUGUGACCACGGCAUUCGACCUCGAUGACGAUCUACAGCCGCAUUUCGUCAAAGGCUACAAGUCCGAUCCGACUUACUCUAAGCUUUGCGCGGAGCUUUCAUCGGAUCACCCGCCAGCUAGCCACUAUCGGAUUUCCAACGGGUUCCUUCUCCUUCACACGAGAGGAAAUGACUUGUUAGUUGUGCCCCAAGAUCGCAUCUUACGGACUCAUCUUCUCGGCGAAUUCCACGACGUACGACUUUCGACACACCUUGGCGUGAACCGCACACUAGCACGCCUCCGCCAGCGUUUUCACUGGCCCGACGUCCUUCACAACGUCACGAGGUACAUUGAGUCAUGUGCAGUCUGCCACCGUAACAAGGGUCGAUCUCGAGUCCCCUUCGGCGAACUGAAACCGUUGCCGAUCCCUCGGGCACCACGCCUCUCCAUUGCUAUGGACGUGACAGACCCGUUUCCCCGCGAUCGCCACGGCCAUGACGGUAUUCUCACGGUCGUUGACCGUUUGAGCAAGUAUGCUCGCUUCCUUCCUUGCAAGUAUCAUGUUGCAGCACCUGAGCUCGCACGACUCUUGCACACCGCUUGGAUUACCAACCAGGGUGUUCCAGAAGAUAUAGUGAGCGUCCGAGAUACUCGCUUCAUGUCGACCUUUUGGACUUCUCUCAUGACUCAGUCCGGCACGACAAUGAAGCCGAGCUCGGCUCGGCACCCGCAGACGGAUGGUCAGACGGAGCGAGCGCACCAGACCGCUAAGAUGAUGUUGCGUACGCUCAUCCGUCCCGACCUGAAAGAUUGGGUUGACCGACUUCCCGACAUCGAGUUCGCCUACAACACUUCGGUGCACCCGGCGAUCUGCGUCACACUAUUCGAGCUACAUCAUGGUGGAGAGAAAGCACGGAUUUUCGCUGAUCUCCUUUUGCCACAGGCUGCCGACAUAGACGUCCCUUGCUCUCCCGCUUCCAUCCGGAAGUACCGGGACUUGCUGAUCAAAGCCCGCGCAAAUAUGCAAAAGGCUCAGAUCCGCAUGCAGCAGCAAGCUAACCGAGGUCGACUUCCAUGUCCUUUCCGCGAGGGAGACCGUGUUUGGGUCUUCUUCGAGGAAUUUGUGCUCGAGCAGGAUAUUUCGCGCAAACUCCUUCCGAAAUGGUUCGGACCAUGGGAAGUCACUUCUGCCGUUGGAGACGACCCCGCAGGUCCUUCCUUCGUGAUCAACAUUCCACUGCACCUAACAGUGCAUCGGGUCUUCCACGCAUCGAAGCUAGCCAUCUACACGCCACCUUCAGCUGACGAGUUCCCCGGACGUCGAUCACAUGAUCCGCCUUCUAUGUACGGACAUCAGCAAGUUGACCGAGUCAUCACGCAACGUAAGUAUGAAAACAAGCCAAGGCAGUACAAAGUCACAUUCAAGCAAUGUGCGCCUGAUGACACUCGAUGGAUCUCCAGUACAGAUUUGCAGACUUCUGCACCCCUCAUCUUCGCCGACUAUGAGAAGCGACGCAUUGCUAAGGACGCAGCUCGUCCCGCCCGACCCACCCCGGUAUCGGACAGASAACUUCGCCCUCGCAGGUAGCUCGGUCUUUUAAGAGGGGGAGUGUGUUACAUCUUCGACGCACACGGGUCCUACCGGACCCGACUUAGGGCCGGAAAGAC